ACAGAGACAGACAGUCGGACUGUGGUACCUGACAUCAUCUUUUCUGUUACAGCGGUUUCCUAUUGAUCAUCAGCUGUAUAUAUUCAAGGCUUUGGUGCGCGCUCUCCAUCUCAGCUCGCGCACAGCGGGACGGCCAAUCAAAACCCCGGCCGCUUCACAACACUGCUUUAGACUUCUUCACUUCUUACUGAGCGACUGCAGACGAGGGGAUUGAACUUGUCUUUGGCGCUAUGCAAAGUUUCAUCGGAAUCUCGCGUCUCUUAUUGGUUCUUCUGCUGCAACGGGUACCUGCGCAGAUUUCCCACCCUCCAGAAGAGGGUCACUCAGGAGUAAUGCCGUUCCACGAGGUGUGGGUAAAGAGCAUGUGUCGGCCCAUGGAGCAGUUGGUGGAUGUGGAGCAGGAGUACCCUGGAGAAGUGGAGUACAUCUACAUACCUGCAUGUGUCCCACUUUGGCGAUGCUCUGGUUGCUGUGGGGAUGACAACCUAGAGUGCCAGCCUACACUUGAACGCAACAUCACUCUGCAGGUGAUGAGGAUUCAACCCAUGGCAUCUAUGUACCAGGUGGAACUCACAUUUGUGGAGCAUCAGAAAUGUGAAUGCAGAGCCCGUCAGAAACGCCUAAAUAAUAAAAGCAGCACUGAGUCUAUCAACCGACUGCGGAGGAGGAAACACAAGAAGACAGCAAACGGCUGUGGCAAGUGCCAGUUCCCUCAAAACAAGAUCAAUCUUCACUGAUUCACACGUCUGUCCAAAGUUUAAUUUGGUGGAGUGGCUUUGGAGUGGCAAACAACUGCACAUCUGUGAAUUGAUCAUUUCUGACUUAAUUAUCUCCUGUCCAUAUAUCUUUCCUCAUCCAGUGCAUCCAUCAGCACUCAGACGUUCCAUCUCGUCCAUGACUUUUCUUUUUUGAUUAAUUAUCAAACCAAACAAUCAUAUCGGCAAACUCCUCUGGUUCUAACUGCUGUUUUUUAUAAUCGGUUUCAAUUUUGACAUUUUAAAAAUCUAGUUGCUUUUGUGUGAGGUUUUACAAAUAGACAUAGGAUACAACAGAUUCACAAUAGAGACAAUGAGUGGAAUGCUGCGACCUUAUCAGUUGCCAGGGGAAAGGAUUAAGGCCUCCAUCCAUCCUGAAGUGUUCACUGAUUAACUGUCAGAUCAAUGGCAACAUUCACAGAGAGGCCAGAGACCUUCUCCAUGAAUUCUUGUUCAUUCUGACUUUUGCAGCUUGAUCCUGUUAUAAUUGUUAUGACACCACUUCUGUGCUGGUGCACAGCUGCAGACGCUGAAAAAAAUGUAUGUGACUUUCUGUAAAGUGUUAUUUCCUCUCUGUAAUUAUGGGACAUGAUAAGUUCAUUAAAUAAAAAUGCACUCCAACUAUAA